AGAUGCUACCGGGCAUAACUAACCAACACGCGGAGCUAAUUGCAGCACUACCAGCGAACGUGUGUUGUUGCCGCUGCAGCCCCAGCACCAACCUGAUCGCACCCUUUCGUAUGUCCCUGGCACCUUAUUCGUGUCGUGGUGGUGUAACACGGUUGUUUCCAAGCGUUCCGAAGCAAUGCUUCGCGGUUUAAUCCAAGCGCACCUACUGUCUUCGUUUGUGUCGCCAGCGUUGCACAAUAGCAUCGAGGUGCGGACAUUAUGCUAGAUUGCAACCGAGAACGACGCUCUACUAGCAGCUAUGCGAACGUGCUUAACGUGGUGUUGCAGAUUGCCACACUUCACCUGAACGUUGUCCUUGCGCUUUAGCUUCUCCUGGGUGCGUCGUCUGAAUGAAUGGAUGAUUCAAACCGUGAAUAUUUCUUUUCAAGUGACUUUUAGUCUGUCAUGCGCGCAUUGAAAUUUUCUAUCAAACUUAAAGUUGAAGUUGAAGAUACAUACAGUGAAUGAGAAGACGCAACUCGGCACAAACCAUUUUCGCGUACAUCGGAAUCACGAACGAAGACGACAAGUACGGUUCCGACUAUCCUUUGUGGGUGCAGCCGCAGGAAGUCCUGGCUCGGUUGCUGAAACCCUCUUGGCAAGCUCCGACCGCCGAGUGGAUAACAUUAUAUAAUGAGAGGUCGACGAAUUCCGAUUGCACUACCAAACACUGGCGCACUGUCCCGUAGAAGACACACGCUGUACAUCCGUUCCGCCAUAAUUAUAUUCAUUCUGUUCGCGUUCCUGCAGUUCCAUGUGAUAAACUAUGACUCCUCCGACAGUGGAUCCAGCGAUAAUGCCAACUAUUCCACGGCAGCGAUCCUGCAGAUGGUGCCACCGGUAUUUCAUAAGUAUUUGACCGGAAAACCUCGCAACUCUACGCACGGUCAAAAUGGUACACACUAUGCUGGCGAUGGGCCAGGACGGCCAACAUUAGCGACAUCAUGCGCAUGA